AUGUUAGGAGAAAUCCAAGAGCUCUGCCAUGAGACGCUCUCACCUCUUCAAACUAUUGAAAGUACCCAUGCCAAGAUAAUAGAGAUGAUCCAAGUACAAGGGGAGAAUGAUGUGAAUGCCGUCACAUUAAGAAGUGGGGAAGCACUUCCCCAAGCCACCAUACCACCACCUAAAGCCACUAUGAUAGAGGAACCUAGGAAGGAGAAAGAAGCUCCCGAAGUUAUGCAGGAUAAGCAAGAAGAAGAAAGAGAGAAUGGAAAGGAAGAAGCGCUGAAACAACCUUCUCAAAAAGGAAAAGAGAUCAUGCAAGAACCUCCACCUAUCCCUAAGGCACGCCUUCCAUUACCGCAACGAUUUCGCACCGACAUUGAUAAUGCAAAGUAUGACAAGUUUCUCCAAAUGUUGCGCCAGCUGCACAUUGAUAUGCCCUUCAUUGAUGCUCUCGGAGAGAUGCCAAGGUAUGCAAAAUUCCUUAAAGAUCUUUUAUCCAACAAGAAGAAGUUAGUCGAGUCGGCCACUGUAGUGCUUGGAGAAGAAUGCUUCGCUAUACUACACAAGAGUGUGCCCCGAAAGUUAAAAGAUUUGGGAAGUUUCACAAUUCCGUGUGAUAUAGGAAGAACAUCUUUCAAUAAAGUUUUAGUUGACUUAGGAGCAAGUAUUAAUUUGAUGCCCUUCUCAUUGUACCAAAAGCUAAAUCUGGGAACUCUUAAACCAACACGCAUGUGUAUUCAACUUGCGGAUAGAUCUACCAAAUACCCACGGGGUAUUGUGGAAGAUGUGCUGGUAAGAGUUGACAAAUUCAUCUUUCCUGUGGACUUUGUAAUUCUUGACAUGGAUCCAAAUGUAGAGAUACCUCUCAUCUUGGGCAGACCAUUCUUAGCCAUUACUAGAGCAUUAAUAGAUGUUGGGGAAGGCAAACUCAUCAUCCGAGUGGGUGACGAGUCUACCAGCUUCGAUGUAACCAAGAUACUCUACUCUUGCUUUUGUUAA